UACGCCCACUUCCGCCUGGCCAAAGCGAGCGGAAGUAGACCUGCCCCUAGCCGUGGAGGUGCUUAGACUGACUCGCCCCUCUUCCCAGCUGGUCGGCGAGGCGCGGAUUGAAGGGAAAGGGGCAGUACUCACAGGUCUGGGCAGGAUAACAGUAGGACUGCUGUGCAGAUGGGGACGAGUCGAUACAGGAAAAGCAGCUCCUGGCACGGGAUACAGGCUCCAUAAGUGCCUGCUGUAGUCAUUCGCGGACCAGAGUCAGGUCAGGGAGGCUUGGCCUCACUCCCAAGGGGCUGAGGCACUUGUCAGCUAAGCCACACCUGGUUCCAGGUGUCCACAAAAUAUGAGGGGCUCCCCCUCCCUGAUGCUGCUGUACCUGGGACUAACCACCUGCCUGGAUAGUUCUCCCACUGUGGGGCAAGACCAAGGCCCAGAAGUCUUCCUGGAUGCCCCGGAGGCUCAGAGUGUCCUGGGCAGCCGUGGCCGAGGCCGGGUCCGGCGAGCUAAUCACUGGGACCUGGAGCUGUUCACGCCGGGGAACCUGGAACGUGAGUGCCUGGAGGAGCGGUGCUCCUGGGAGGAGGCCCGCGAGUACUUCGAGGACAACACCAUGACGGAGCGUUUCUGGGAGAACUACAUCUACAACGGCAAGGGAGGGCGUGCACGGGUGGAUGUGGCAGGCCUGGCAGUGGGGCUGACGUCUGGCAUCCUGUUCAUCGUGCUGGCCGGCCUGGGAGCCUUUUGGUAUCUGCACUGGCGACAGCGACGAGGCCUGCAGCCUUGUCCUCAAGAGGCAGGGCUCAUUAGCCCUCUGAACUCUCCCGGCCCACCAGUGCCCCUGCCUCCACCCCUACCCCCAGGCCUCCCCACCUAUGAGCAGGCUCUG